GCACGCCCCCGCGGCUGAUGGCGGCGGUUCAAAGCAUUUCGGUUUUACCAAGUCCAGUUUCACAAGGACAAACAUUUGAUGAUUGUUAUUGUUCAGUUUAUGUCGUCAGUUCAAACGCGUGACUUUUUCCAACGGCAGAAAUGAACAGUGAUGAACGAGUUACAAUGGAGGAGACGUCAAUAAGCUUCAAAGCAUUGAGAGCCAAGUUUCAGGAGGAGGCUCGGAUGGCAGAGUCCAGAGCCAGCCGUCCAGCUGUAGCUGGAAAGCCCAAGCACCUGCCUCUUCCAGGAGGCCACUGCAGCUCUGUGGUGAGCAGUAUCCACAUGGCUGUGGACAACAAGGCUCCGGUGGUCCCCAGGGUCUUCUUUAGAGAUGGACUGAGAACUUCAGGAGGAAAGAGGCCCAUUUCAUACCCCCCUCUGCAGCGCUCACCCACAUCUCACACUAAUGCAAAUGGUGACGCUCCAUCAAGACAAUCUCUCAAAGACAGGCACAUGCCACUAGUACUCCCCAUCUUACAUAAUGAGAGUAAAGCAAAUCAGCCUUCUAAAAAAGAACAUAAACUGGAAGAAGAUGGUUUGCUACAAACUAAAACCAGAAAAAAAGGGUUGCUCCUGCCUUUCAAGUCUAAAACUGCAAAGGCAAACUCCGAACACGGGGAGGAGCCCACAUAUGCAGAUUUAACUAGCCGACCGGCUAGUGCUCCAGGAGAGCUGCCUUCUGUAGAGCAGCACACAGAUGACAGGGCGUCGCCCCAAGGUAGUGAGAAGACCAGUGAGAAGACCAGUGAGUGCACUGUGUCCAGCCCUGACAUCACCCUCAGCCCUCCCUCUGCAGAGGCACAUGACUCAGACAGCAGAGUUUUCAGCACGCUGGAAAAGGCCAAGAAGAGGUUCUCCUGUCGACCCGUGAAGUCAUCCAUUAUACCAAAGAGUAGUUCACCAGAGAGGGGCUCCAAAAACAAGGCCUCACCCACAAAGAGCUCCCACAGCGCCAUGCAAGACUUACUCGCACCCCCACCUAUACCUCCCCUACUGAACCUCCCCAACUUAAUCUACAUCUCAGCCAGGCCGUUCAGUAAAGGCACCACAACAUUCAAGUCUCCAUUAGAGAUGCACUUUGGUAAGGACAAAGCUAAUCGCCCUUUUGCCAGAAUUGGUGAUCCCCGUCCUCCAUCUCCUCUAAAGAAACCUUUACCUGAACCGUGGGUUCUGGGGCCAAUGCCAACAAAGCCCUCCAGACCUCCAGUAGUCGACCUCAGUAGUUACAUGCCACACAAAUGUCAAGAUGGGUCACUGAAGCUGGACCACACAGCGGCACAUGAACAGCCAUCAAACAAUAUCACUGCAGUCCCUGUUCUAGAUGCUGUAGUGCUCCCUGACUUUGACACCUCUGAGAUUGAAACUGCAGGAGAGAAGGAAGCUGUACACAUGGCUGCAUUAGACCUGGAGGUGCUGGACCCACCUGCUCCUGAUGCCCCUGGCUCUAUUUACUUUGGAGAGACCCACCCUGACUGGUCAGAUCUUACACAGAGCUCUGAACACAAGGAACUAGAUCUUGGUAAUCUAAAUGUAAGAUCCCCAAAUCCACCCAGCUUUACUGAACCAAUAAACCUCAGUGAGUUCUCAGAACCACUGGGACAAUGGAGCCAGAGCGAGGACCCCACUAUAGACCCUCCAUCCUGCACUGAAGAAGCAGCAGACUCUCACUCCAUACCAGAGGACCAGGGGGAGCAUGGCAACAACUUUGAAUUUGGCAUUUAUCAACAAGAAAUGUAUCACACCACAUGUGACAAUGUGUAUGAAGAUGUGGAAAACAUCAGCAAAUUCUCAUUGAAUCAAGACUCUCGCAAAAGGAGAGGACUCAAGAAUCCCUAUGCCGAGAGCAGCCAUAGGAAGGAAGAGUCGGGGCACAACAUAUUUCAGAGGAAUCCACGGAACGGGGAGCCUGGUUAUUUAUCUCACAGUCAGAUCAACAGUAAGGAAUGCCAAAGCCCAAACACUGCUGACUUCAAAGAACAAAAAAAACGCGAAAAGCAACGUCUUGAGAGAGAGAAGAAAGAACAAAAGGAACGUGAAAAGAAAGAAAAUGAAAUGAAAAAGAAAUUUAAAGUGACUGGUGCAGAGGAGCCCAUGUACCACGCCAAAGUAACAGUAGCAAGUAAAGUCCGCAAAAAUGAUCUCCCUGUAAAAAGUGGGGACACUGUCAGCAUCAUCCGCACCACCAACUGCCCCAAAGGGAAAUGGCUGGCCCGUGAUGCUAACCACAAGUAUGGCUAUAUAUCCGUCAUGAAUGUAGAGCUGAAUAUUAAAGAGAUGCUAGAGCUUGGGAAGAAGGCGCAGGCAGCAGGACGAGGAUGCAACGUGGAGGGCGACACCAUCAGUAUUGGCUCCUCAACCCACCCUAUACUGACAAGCAGCUGUGAGUUUACAGACGAUAGUGACGAGUGGGCCUGUGAAGGUGGAACUCUGUCUCCCUCCAAUGAGAGCCUGAGUUUUCCACAACAGUCUGCCCAAGUCCCUGAGAUGUCGUGCAGCCAUGAUGGUAAACAGCACACCCUGAGUGAUGUCAGCUUGGAGGACCUGCACACCCAGACAAGACAUGAGGCGCUGCAGAAAUUGGCCAUUUUCUUUCAGCACAACAAAGAAGAACUCAAUGAAAACAAUGGUGAAGGUGCUACAAGCUUGGAGAUGCCUAACUUGUGUGAUGUCGAGGAGCCUCCAUUGCCUGAGCAAGAGAUUGACUUCACAGAAUUGGAGCUUCUCCCUCCACCGCCGCUGUAUGCAGACAUCUUCUGAUUUAUUCAUCUGUAUGUUUCUCAAAAAUAACAUUUUGACAGUUGUUUGUGUGUUAAAUUAUGUAACAGGUACUAGAAUAUCACUUUGUUUUUUUGUUCUGUUGGAUCACAUCUCCAUCACUGAUUGGGACUUAUUGUACACAUACAUGAACUAUGCAUUAUGUGCAAAGGGAAUUGGCAUAAAGCGUAUUCACCAAGUGUUAAUGUAUUGUUAUUUACGGGUUAUAUUUAGUU